AUGUCGUCCGCGCAAGAGAAGGAGAACCCAGCGGCUGAUGGACCUAGCCAAGCUGAAUGGAUACAGAUAAGGGAAAGCUGGACGAAUCAGGCUGUCGAAGAUGGUGAUGUCGAGACGCUCCGAAAGAUAUCUGCUCUACCUGGUGGUUUCGGUGGAAAUGACACGAGGAAGAAAGCUUGGUCAACAUUGCUUCAAACACAUCUUAUAGCUCGUCAGACUGCACGCAAAGUGAACAGAGAUGACAAUUCAAGACAGGGAGAGGAUUCGAGCGAGAACGGAGACAAGCUGGUAGAUAGAGGGAACAAAGAAGAAACAACAGAACAGGAAGCUGGCCCAUCUGAGCCAAAACCCCAUCCAAAUGAGAGACAAGUGAGAUUAGAUACAGAUAGAUCAUUCGUGACUUAUCCGAAAGGUAUACCUGCUCAGAGCAAAUUAGAACUGCAAGCCGAUCUGAAUGAUCUGAUAGUGGGCGUUCUAAGGAAAUAUCCAGCUUUAAGCUAUUUCCAGGGAUACCACGAUAUCAUCUCAGUACUAUAUCUGACUUUCAUCCCUUCCAAACCCAUCCCUCAGCGAUCCAGAUCUUCUUCUACCAAUAGGAUACGUAAAGAUAGGGGUAAUCAGCGUACACCCGAAGCAUUAUCAACUCCAGCUGAAAAGGACCAGGGAUCACAUGAAGUAAAGGUUGAGGAAGCAGAUGAGAAACUCUCUGGCAAUGUAUCCGCACCUGUUCAGAGUGAGAAGGAUGAUCUACGACUCUCGGAGGGUACGCACGAGAUAUCACCCCCGCCGUCUUACGAUGCCAUCAGUCGAGAUACACCGGAAUGGCGCGAAUUGAGGAAAUGUGCAGAGAUGGUCAGUCUGAAUAGGGUGAGGGAUGCGAUGGGAUCAGGAAUGGAAGGUAUGAUGGGUCUACUAUGGAUACUAAAGCGUAUACUGAAGGCUGCCGAUCCGGAACUAUCGAAAUUCUCGUCCAAGAUAUCCCCAGUACCUAAAUUACCUUUCUUCGCUCUAUCUUGGGUCUUGACUUUAUUCUCACACGAUUGUGAUCGUUUACAACCGAUACAGAGGAUGUUCGAUUUCUUAUUGGCUAGAAAUCCGAUUUCAGCAGUAUAUCUAGCUGCUUCUAUCUUGAUACUGAAGAAACCACAAAUGUUCGAAAUCGCUCAUCAACUAGGAUCGGAAUACGAAGAAGAUCCUACUCUACUACAUCCUUUAUUCGUCAGAUUACCACCCCUAUGCGCUGAUACGCCCUCUGAACCUGAUCCACCACCUACAUUGACCCCUUCACCCAAGACGAGCUAUGACGAUUUCGAGGAAGAUUCCGUCAAUCCUUAUCGACCGAUCAAAUUGUCCGAAUUGUUUCUGCUGACUGAUACGCUCAUGGAACAGUAUCCUUGGGAUGGAGAGGUGAUAAGGGGAACAGAAGUAAUGGGAGAAGGAAGUGUAGUUAAUACGUACCACAAGGAGCGGAUCGAGGAAGAAUGGAGUGCAGAAGAGAUGCUGGGAAUGAUCGAUGUCCAAGUGGUCAAACCUGGUGCAGGUGAUCUUUCAGACGAUGAAGAGCUGGAUGAAGAACCUGUAAAACAGAAGAGGAGGAGGUUACCUAUAGUGAACCCUAGGAACAAGAUCAAUACGCUUUUGGCGUUUGGUGUGGUCGUCUUGGGAGUUGGUAUCGCCGUGUAUGGAUUUAAGGCUGAUGGAAAUGAGGCUAGUUGGAAUAGGUGGUGGAGUAUGGUCAUCAGAGGAUUGAUAGGGAAGGAGGGGAGGGGUUUGGAAGGUUUGUUGGGAAGAGGGAUAGGUUGGGUCAAGAAGGCUGUGAGGGAUGUUAUGUAG